AUGGCGGCGCCAUCGAGGACUUUGUUGUUGCGACAGGCCCAACUACUAUCCUCUUCAUCUUCGGCACGGCUAUUCCCCAGCACAGCUCAACCACUUCGUCUCCUCCGAUCUUCUCCGUCCAUAGCCUCGAGAGCUUUACUUCCAGGGUCUUGGGCGGCGGCUGCUCGAUGUGCACCAUUUUCAACUACAGCUCAGCGGAAGAUUCUGCCACCAGGGCCUCAGGUUAUCGAAGGUGGAGUCAAUGACGCUGCGCCAGUACCCAAGUCGAACCCCCUCCAUGGAAGCUACCACUGGACGUUUGAGAGAGCUUUGUCGGUCGCGUUGAUUCCUUUAACUAUCACGCCGUUUGCUGCCGGGUCGGUCAAUCCUGCACUCGACGCGGCUUUGAUCUUCACAAUCAUUGUGCACUCGCACAUGGGAUUCCAGUCCGUGGUCAUUGAUUAUAUUCCCGUCCACCAACAUCCUACGGCUCGAAAGGUCUUCGGAUGGCUAUUGAACAUCGCCACAGUCGUUGUGGCCAUUGGAUUUUAUGAGUUUGAAACCAACGAUGUGGGUUUGACCGAGGCAAUCAAGAGAAUCUGGCAUGCGGGAGCCAACGACGCAACCAUUGGAAAGGCCGACAUUUCGGGACUUGGACAUGAUGGAAAACUCAAGAACCUCAAAUAG